GGAAUUUCACACGAAAAAAGUGUUGGCCUGGAACAAAAAUCACACAGUGACGUACAAACAAACCCGCAAGUGGGUUUUCAUGCGAAGUAUGUCCGUAUCGUCACUCGAUGACGUAGUCACCACCGUCAAUCCUAUUGCAUUUACCAUAGCUUCACUAAUGAAAGAUGGACACCUAGGCUUGAUAGCGCAAGAAGAGAUCAAAAUUGCUCUCGAAGUUUUCCGAUCCAAGAUGUACAUGAAGAGACCCAUUCGCCAAUUGCUAUUUGAAGGCUAUGACGACCCAUUAUUGAAACUUCUGGACAAAGUUCCUACACCUCUAAGACCCCUCCCAAAUCCACUGGGAUCAUCGCAUUUUGGCUGGUUCUAUCCGCAUAACAUGUCUUCAAAAUUCGACGGCGUGUCGAAUGUCGACACCGGCGCAGAUGAUUUGAAUAGUCUCGGGGAUUUGGAGGCCUGGAACUACAAUGCGUACGAGUACUUCAGAGGCGAGUGCGGAAGAGUGAGAGGCACAACCGGCGAAAUCUGGCCCCUCGACUCGGCCAAAAAAACUCAUAUCACUUUGUUCGUUACCGAUCUGUGCAGCUCUCUAGAUCUACGGAACAGCGCCAAGGAAGUCUCGGUUCAGGGUUUGCGUGGCGUAACUUUCAUCGGCGGGGAAAACGUCUUCGACAAUGGAACGGUGGAACCCGGAAACAGCUGUUACUGGAGUGAGGGCAAAGCCAUGCCUAGCGGGGUCAGAAGUCUGUCCUCCUGCAGAUUUGGGGCACCGGCCCUGGUGUCUUUCCCGCACUUCUAUCUGGCUGACCCGGCUUACGUCACAGCCGUUCAGGGCCUCUCUCCGUCCGUAGAGAAGCAUCAGUUGAAAAUUACGUUGGAGCAGGAUACUGGCAUCCCAUUGGCUGUGAACGCACGUUUACAAAUAAACAUUCAAUCUAGUCCUACACAAGGCCUUAUCAAUAUGUUCCGGAAUUUACCCACGGUAACCCUGCCGGUGCUGUGGCUGGAGCAGAGGAUGACGAUGACGUCACGGCUGGCCUGGACGGUCUGGGGAGCUUCCAUCGGGGUGGCCCACGUCAGCCAACUCCUUCUCGGCGUGUCUGUCGUGGGAGCCGUAUUUCUGCUCAUCGGUCUUCUCCUACUGUUCAAAAAUCUCUCCAACGGCCUCUAUAAAAAAUCAGACGAUAUCGCACCGCUUUUAAGUGACGUUGAUUUAAUCCCCGCCUUUGACUAAACAGGGCUCUACAUCCAGUAAUGCAUAUGUCAGUCCAGAGAGGAAGAGAGAUCAAGGCGACUACUAUUGCCAAAAAUGUAGCUGACGACAAUUUUGGUGACAGCAGUCGCAGAAAUAUGACAGAAUAUUGUUAUUCCCUGAGGAAAGUAUUUUCUACUCGGUUGAGUAGCCAAGGUGUGAACUCAUUAUUUGUUUUAAUUUUAUAAUCAAUUCUUGAACUGCGGUAAGCCAAAAAAAUACCUUCACGCGAUAGCACGUACAGGGUUAUUUAAAAGUCACGCACCACUGGCCGUAACUUUAGUUCUAAUUCAGAUAUCGAUUUGCGGUUUGUGAAGUUUUUCCUCAUAUUAAGAAGGAAACUUUUUUAGGUACUUUCCAGUUUUUGAUCCCCUCAGGGGGAGGGGGCGGGUCGCAACUCAAAAAUUUCAAAUGGCCACCCCCUUCAUGGCCAGUGGUGCGUGACUUUUGAAUAACCCUGUAUAUUAUGACUCAAUGAAUGGCUCCUUGAUGUCCAAUGCAGUUUAAUUAAUUUUAAUACAAUGUAAAUCAAUAAAAUAUAGUUCCUAAAUAUAUUUUAUAGCUUAUCUUUAA